AUGUCUAUCGAUUUUCCCGCCGAAGAGGAGCUCAUCCUCAAGCGGUGGAGGGAGAUUGAUGCCUUCCAGCGCCAGGUUGAACUAUCCAAGGGCCGCGAACCCUAUACCUUCUAUGACGGCCCUCCUUUCGCAACCGGCCUACCGCACUAUGGCCACCUGUUGGCGUCAACAAUCAAAGAUAUCAUCCCUCGAUAUUGGUCAAUGAAGGGUCAUUAUGUCGAGCGACGAUUCGGCUGGGAUACUCACGGUGUGCCCGUGGAGUACGAGAUUGAUAAAAAGCUUGGCAUGUCUGGCCUGGAGGCGGUUGAGAAAAUCGGAAUUGAGGCCUACAAUGCGGAGUGCAGAGCCAUUGUUAUGCGUUUCGCCUCCGAAUGGCGCCAAACCAUCGAGCGCUUAGGUCGAUGGAUCGAUUUUGACAAUGACUAUAAGACUAUGAACCCCUCGUUUAUGAGCAGCGUGUGGUGGGUCUUCAAGCAGUUGUUCGACAAAGGUCUCGUCUACCGAGGCUACCGUGUCAUGCCGUACUCGACCGCGCUCAACACGCCCCUUAGUAACUUUGAAGCCCAACAGAACUACAAGGAUGUGCAAGAUCCGGCUAUCGUUGUCACUUUCCCCCUUCUCGAUGAUCCCGAGACCUGCUUGCUUGCGUGGACUACCACACCGUGGACCCUUCCCUCCCACACUGGGCUUUGCGCCAACCCUAAUUUCGAGUACGUGAAGAUCUACGAUGAAGCUACCAAGAAGCACUACAUCCUGUUGGAGUCUUUGCUCCGCACCAUCUACAAGGAUCCCAAGAAGGCCAAGUUCAAGAUUGUGGACCGCCUGAAGGGCUCUGACAUGCUGGGAUGGAAGUACGAACCCCUCUUCGAUUAUUUCUAUGAGGAAUUCAAGGAUCACGGCUUCCGCGUUCUAAAUGACGAGUAUGUUACCGCUGAGGACGGUGUGGGCAUCGUCCAUCAGGCUCCCGCCUUCGGUGAGGACGAUUACCAGGUCGCCGUUAACCACGGAGUUAUUAACGAGACCCGCGCGCCCCCCAACCCGGUCGAUCCUCAAGGCUGCUUUACCGCGGAGGUUCGGGACUUUGUUGGACAACAUGUUAAGGCUGCCGACAAGGGUAUCAUCAAGCACCUGAAGGGCACCGGUCGUAUCCUCGUUGAUAGCCAGAUUACUCACAGCUACCCCUUUUGCUGGCGAUCUGAUACGCCUUUGAUCUAUCGGGCUGUGCCUUCGUGGUUUGUGAAGAUCACACCUAUCAUCCCUCAGAUGCUCGAAGGCAUUGAAGAAUCUCACUGGGUGCCUUCGUUUGUGAAGGAGCGAAGAUUUUCAAGCUGGAUCAAAAAUGCUCGCGACUGGAACAUCUCCCGAAACCGGUUCUGGGGAACACCACUCCCUCUGUGGGUUAGCGAUGAUUACAAGGAGAUCGUGGCCAUUGGCAGCCCGGAGGAGCUCAAGCAACUGAGUGGCUAUCCUGGUGAAAUUACUGAUCUUCACCGUGACAAGGUGGACAAUAUUACCAUCCCUAGCAAGCAGGGCAAGGGUGUUCUUCGCCGUGUCGAUGAGGUAUUUGACUGUUGGUUUGAGUCAGGUAGCAUGCCCUAUGCCUCUCAACACUAUCCUUUUGAAAACAAGGAGCAGUUUGAGAAGAGCUUCCCUGGUGACUUCAUUGCUGAAGGAUUGGACCAGACGCGUGGUUGGUUCUACACUUUGACCGUUCUUGGUACUCACCUGUUUGGUAAGCUACCUUUCAAGAAUUGUGUUGUGAACGGCAUUGUUCUUGCUGAGGAUGGCAAGAAAAUGUCGAAGCGUCUGAAGAACUACCCAGACCCGUCUCUAAUUAUGGACCGCUAUGGAUCGGAUGCUCUUCGUCUCUAUCUGAUCAAUUCCCCCGUGGUCCGUGCGGAGCCUCUUCGGUUCAAGGAAACUGGCGUCAAGGAGAUUGUUAGCAAGGUUCUACUUCCUAUGUGGAACAGCUACAAGUUCUUCGAGGGCCAGGUCGCUCUCUUGAAGAAGACCUCUGAUGUUGACUUUGUGUUCGACCCGGAGGCUGAGGCCACCAACACUAACGUGAUGGAUCGCUGGAUUCUUGCCAGUUGCCAGAGUCUUCUGAUGUUCGUCAACCAGGAGAUGGCCGGUUACCGCCUUUACACUGUUGUUCCUCGGUUGUUGGAGCUCAUUGAGAACACCACCAACUGGUACAUCCGUUUCAACCGCAAGCGUCUCAAGGGUGAGAAUGGUGUUGAUGACACCCUGCAUGCUCUGAACACCCUCUUUGAGGUUCUGUACACUUUGGUCCGGGGACUCGCUCCGUUCACACCUUUCAUUACCGAUAACAUCUACCAACGUCUCCUCCCACACAUCCCCGAGUCUCUUCGUGCUGAAGAUAGCCGCAGUGUUCACUUCCUUCCUUUCCCUGAGCCUCGCCAGGAGCUCUUUGAUGAGGUUGUGGAACGAAGAGUGGCCCGUAUGCAGAAGGUCAUUGAAUUGGGCCGCAUUUCCCGUGAGCGCAAGUCCAUUGGCUUGAAGACUCCUCUCAAGAGCCUUGUUGUCAUUCACCAGGAGCAGCAGUACCUGGAUGACGUCAAGUCUCUCGAGGGCUACAUCCUGGAGGAGCUCAACGUCAUCGAACUUGUCCUUUCGACCGACGAGGCUAAGUACAACGUCCAGUACAGUGUCAAUGCCGAUUGGCCCACUCUGGGCAAGAAGUUAAAGAAAGAUAUGCAAAAGGUCAAGAAGGCUCUUCCUUCUCUGUCCAGCGAUGAUGUGAAGAAGUACGUUGCUGACAAGAAGAUUCUUGUUGAUGGCAUUGAGCUCGUUGAGGGUGAUCUCGUAGUCAAGCGAGGCAUCAAGGAAGACUCGAACUCUUCCGGCAUGGAAGCCAACACCGACUCUGACGUCCUGACCAUCCUGGAUACCAACCUCUAUCCUGAGCUAGCUCACCAGGGUAUUGGUCGUGAGAUCAUCAACCGCCUUCAGCGUCUCCGUAAGAAGGCCGGUCUGGUCCCUACUGACGACGUGAAGAUGGAAUACAUUGUUCUGUCGGACCCCGAGAACAUUGGUCUCGGCGAGGCAUUCAAGUCCCAGUCUCAGGCCAUUGAGAAGGCUGUGCGCCGACCUCUUGAUGAGCGUAUCCUGGUUGAUGGCAAGUCUCCUAGCGCCGAUGAGGAAGGUACCAUCGCACAGGAGGAUCAGGAGGUGCAGAAUGCGACAUUCUUGUUGCGUCUGGUCAAACUUUAA